AUCUAGAACUAGUUAAUAGCUUUCAUAACCGGUUUCUUGUUUAUACGGUGUAUUCCUUUCUAUUUACAAAGUGAAACUGCAUUUGUCGAUUUCAGUUCUGUAGAGUAGGUCUCACAGGAAUCAUUGUUUCAGAUUAAUUACAAAUAACUAAUUAUUAGUGAACGGGUAUACUGAAUAGGUGAAUCACGUCCAAUAAUGGAAUCGUCCUGAAUGCUUUUCUUGGUGGUUGAGGGAGUAUGUCGGAUUAGCAGAAGUCAGCAGAAAGUCUUGAAAAGUUUUUUUAUUGUAUGUUGGGUUCGCUGAAGCAGAAAAUGGUCUGUGCUUAUCGUGAACAGCUUGGAAUAUGCUUAGUUGUUGCCAGUUUUCUAGUAUGCCGAGUGGCGAGUCAGAGUGGCUGUAGUUUACAGAAAAAUGUAUUUAUAAUAGAUGUAACAUUAACAGAGGGACGACAGGGUGAUUCUAAUAACUACGAGAAGAGGUUCCUGGGAUUUGCAGGAACUGCUGACACCAUUAAGCUAGAUGUAGAGCAAGAUGACCCAACUGUAGAUUUUUAUUCAAAUUUUAGAAUUUUUAUAGGAAUAGCUGAUUUUAAUCAUGGUUAUUUAAUACAGCGAACGGGGCCCGUAGAUAGAGAUGGCCCAACAUCUAAGUAUUCCGAUGAUAAUAAUAUAUUAGAAUAUACAAUCGUCUGUACAGAGCUAAAUACUACAAAUAAAUAUUAUUAUCCAUUAUUAAUUAGAAUACAAGAUUUAAAUGAUAAUCCACCAGCAUUUAGAAAUGAACCAUUCGAAAUCUCAGUAAAUAGGGCUACUGUUCUGGGAGCAACCUUAACAAGACUGGUAGCAACAGAUAAAGAUAUAGAUAGAAACCGCCAUGUUGUUUAUGGAAUACAAAAAGGAUCCGGUGAACUGAAUGAUGCCAGUCAAUAUUUCCAGUUUGCUGUCAUCUCUAGUGGUGCUUUAUCUCUCAAGAAAAAUAUCAAUAUUGAUGCAUUUAAACGAGAAGGGAUAACCUCCAUGACUCUCAAUAUAUUUGCAAUGGACAUGGGGGUCAAAAGUUUAAGAACAGAUAGUUCUGUUAAAGUUAAUAUUAAUUAUGAUGGACAGCCGAUAGAAAAAGAAGAGGCAAUACCAGUUGCAAGGGAUAGAACACCAACGACAACAACAGUGGCACCUGUCUUUAUAUCUGGAAACUGUGAGUUAGUAGAAGGAGCAGAUUUUGCUGAUGGAAGAAUAAAAGUUAAACUACCAGAAGUUAUUUCGGAAUCAGAUCUUAAUGAUCAUCCAUCAAAAUACAGAACGUUUAUUGGUAUAGAGAACAAAGUAACAAACCUAAGAUUAGAACCACAAUCAAACCUUGUACAGAUCGAUUAUCUCUCUAAUGGACAAAGAGCCGGUUACUACAUUCGAUUUACAGAAGUAGUUGAUAGAGAUAACAGUCAACAUGCUGAUGAUGGUAUACAUGAAUUAAAUUUUAAUCUCACUUGUAUGUAUGGAAAUAGAUUUGUGAUUUACCCGCUACAUAUCUUUGUCUCCGACGUAAAUGAUAAUUCACCAGUGAUAGAAGGCUCUGACUUCCAAUUUGAACUGUAUGAUUAUUUUAAGGAAUCAGAUUUACCUGUUGUAGUAUAUGAAUUAUAUGAUCAUGCUAUUAUAUCUGAUGCUGAUAGUGGUGUUAAUAAUCUGGUGUCUUUUGGUAUUGUUCCUGGUAACGGGGGUGUGUUAGAUGCUAGUAGAUAUUUUGUGAUUGAGAAUGGUGAUAUUAGUCUGACAUCACCUGUUGAUUACAAUACUUUAAAAUCAUUCGGUUCAACAACUCUAUUUAUCAACGUAUCUGUUUCUGAUAGUCCAAAGCACGAAAAUCAACGAAGAACAAGUUAUCAGAUUGUAGAAGCAACCAUACUAAGGUCAACAACAUUAGCUCCACCAACAACCCUAAAACCAACAGCUGGGUGUAAAUUAACAGAUGAACCGUCAUUUAUUGGUGGAAAUAUUCAUAUCACCAUGCCGGAAGCCAAUACUGCAUCAGAACUUGAAGAUAAUAGUGCUAUUUAUACUAAAUAUAUAGGUUUAGAUGAUGGUGUACAGUUAUCUAUGAUUAGUGAUGGUGGUUUCAAUCCCGAUUCUUAUUUUCAACUCAUAGCACAAAAUGGCCAGCAAUAUCUGACGAUGAUUCAGCCCAUUGAUAGAGACGGUAGCAGUGUAUCUGAGAACGACGACACUAACAUGGUGGAAUUUACUAUUAAAUGUAAAGAAACGGGAGCAAGUUUAUAUUUCCCAAUACGUGUGGAUAUUGGUGAUAUUAAUGAUAAUGCACCACAAUUUGAGGAUUCACCAUAUUUACUUAAUGUAAAUGAGCGUGCUAGUCCUGGAGAAAUUGUUUAUGGUUCUUUGUCAGCUACAGAUAAAGAUUCUGGUGAUAAUGGUGAUAUAAUAUAUGCUAUUGCUCCUGGUGAUGGCAGUUCAGGUGAUAUAAGUAGCUAUUUCAAUAUAAAUCCAGCAUCUGGUGAAAUAAUAUUAACAAGACCACUUGAUUUUGAAUCGCUACCAACCCAGACAUUUUUGCUAAAUAUUACAGCAUCAGAUAGUGCACCAUCAGAUGAAAGAAGAACAAGUUAUACGUCAUUAGAAAUAACUAUUUCCGAUAGUGAUGAUCAAGGACCAAUGUUUGUCUACGAUACCUGUCUGACGUCAUCAGGUGUUUGUAACAAUCCUAGAUAUACAACUUCCAUCGAAUCUGGAAUAGUGUCUGGUACAUUAUCAGUAUUCCCGGUACCUGCCAAUAAACAGAAUACUAAUGUAAAUAUUAUAGCUAGAGACCAGGAUAGUUUGAAUCAUCCUAUAUUAUUUACUGUAGAUCAGAGCAUUCCAGAUGGUUAUGUUGAUUACUUUACGGUAGAAACCAGUGGUCCAACAGAUGAUGCAGAAUAUACCGCCCGUAUUAGCCAAGUUAAAAUAGUCAAAAGAUCAGAUGUUCGAAAACUAAAAUUAUUUAUCAAAGCUACCGAGAUAUCUGCACAAAGUCGAUCAGCAAGAGCAGAAGUGGAUGUAACAGUUGAACAAACCAAUCUGAACCCACCAUCUGUAUCUACAGCUUCCGGUAGUCUCCAUGGUUACAUCCGAGAGAAUGAUCCGAUAGGAACGUUUGUGUCCAGUGGUGAAGAUGAUACUUUUAAUGUAUUAAAAAUUGUAGCAACAGAUCCAGAUGUGUCGCCAAAUGAUCCUCCACAAGUUUAUGAAUAUAGCUUGGAACCAUCUAGUGUAUUUAAGAUUGAUAAUCAGGGACGUAUACAGACUAUAGCUAGAUUAGAUUAUGAAGCUGUUCCAACAUACAGACUGGCUGUAACUGUAACUGAAGCUGAUACUGAAGAACGCCGACAAGCUACAGUAACAUUGACUGUUGAUGUAAAAGAUGUUAAUGAUAAUGCUCCCACGUUCCGUGAAAAAUCUGUUCAAUUUAAUAUCACAGAGGGUGAUUAUUCAACGGGACCUAGAACCCUUGGAACGGUGGUUGCAUCUGACGCAGAUUCUGGUGAAGGUGGUGAAGUAACCUAUUCUAUAUUAGAUGUGAGGCCUGAUGAAGGAGAUUUGUUUGAAAUAGAUAGUAACACUGGGGUGAUCAAGGCUACUGGUGCUCUUACACCUGAUACUGUAUAUAAUGUCAGAGUACAGGCGGUAGACAAUGGUAAUCCACCGAGAAGUUCAGUUAUGGUUGUACAGAUAAUUUCUGAAGCUAAACCAAAUCGUCAACCAAGCUUUUCCCAAUCUCAUUAUAAAAUAGCUGUUCGAGAAAAUCAAAAAGUCAAUUCCCAGUUAUUGGAAUUAUCAGCAUCUGACCCAGAUGGAGAUGCUCUGACCUAUUCAAUAACUCGUGGCAAUUUAGGACAAACAUUCGCCAUCGACGAAAAUUUUGGCAUUGUAUCAAUAGCUAAGGAAUUAGAUUAUGAAUCCGUUAAAAGUUACUUGUUAACUAUCACAUCAACAGAUCCUAAAGGACUGGAAGCCUCAGCUGAUAUUAAAGUAGAUAUAAUAGAUAGUAAUGAUAACGCACCUGUAUUCUCUAGUUCUAUAUAUGAAGUUGGUGUUAUAGAGGGAGAUUAUUCUGGAGCACCCAAAGUAGUAGUACAGGUAAUGGCACAGGAUGAUGACAGUGAUGAGAAUAGCCAAAUAGACUAUUCUAUAAUAAAGAUGAACCCCGAUGAAGCUGGUAAAGUAUCAGUUGAUCCUAAUAAUGGUGAACUAGAGAUAGUAGGACAGAUUGUUGGUGGUGUCACCUAUACUCUUACUGUUGAAGCUUCUGAUGCCGGUAAUCCCCCAAAGAGAUCUACAGCUAAAGUGAUUAUAUCUGUUAUACCUGUAACAGUAGCUAACAAUCCACCAGUUAUACCACAGUCAGAAUAUAAAGUAUCCGUCAGUGAAGGUACAGCAGUAGCUAGUGAAAUAGUUAAAAUAUCUGCUAUGGAUCCAGAUGGUGAUGACCUUACUUAUAGAAUAAUUAACCAGAAUCCAGCAACAUCUACAUUUAAAAUCAACCAAGAUGGUGUUAUAACCAACGUUGUAAUGUUAGAUAGAGAAAUGGUUGAUGAAUAUACUUUAUUAGUAGAGGUAGAAGACUCCAAAGAGUUAACAUCCGAGACAAGUGUUGUUGUUACUGUAACAGAUAUGAAUGAUAAUAAACCACAAUUCAGCCACAAAGAAUAUGUGUUUUCUGUAGUAGAAGGACAGAAAGUUAAAUACGUUGUAGCAGCUUUUGAUAGUGAUGAGCCAUCCAGUAGUAAUUCAUUGAUAACAUACAGUUUCUUGGAACCAGUUGAUAAUUUUGUGAUUAAUCAAAAUGGUGAAAUAUCAUCAAAGACAGAGUUAGAUCGUGAAGAACAGCAGGAAUAUGAGCUAGUUGUUGUGGCAUCAGAUAAUGGUUUACCUGUGUUAACGUCAACAGCUAUUGUUAAAAUAAAAGUAGCUGAUGUAGCAGAUAGUGUCCCUGUGUUUAAUCCGUCCAUUUAUGAAGUGUUUAUUCCCGAAGGUAAAGCUGAUUAUCAUGUUGUGACUGUGUCGGCAUCAGAUGCUGAUGAUACAAAGAAUGUCGUGUAUGUAUUUGGAGAUGGUGACACUUCAGAUUUCACUUUAGAUUCUAUAACCGGUGAAAUCAGAACACGGAAAGCUCUUAACAUGGCUUCUAAACCAUUCUAUUACUUCAUUGUGACCACCACAGACGGCAAAGAUGUGUCGUCUGCAACCGUCUCAGUAACAGUCGAGGCAGAAGAGCUUAUUGCUGAAAAGGAGCAUGUAGUUAGUGCACCUAUAUUACCCGUUGAUAGUCAACCAAAUCGUACCGAGGUAGUGAUCAUACCUAAAGACCUCGGUGGAGAUAAACCACCAAAUUUCAAGUACCCAACUUGUGUUGGCGCCUGUAAAAAACCUGAAUAUUCUAGCAGUGUUCAGUCUGGAGCUAGUUUAUUUAGAUUGCGACUGUUCCCCAUGCCAUCAGAUAAUCCAACAUUAACUGUUCCAUUACAAGCUAGAGAUGCCAAUACACCAUUUAAUGAAUUAGAAUUUACAGUUGUUAGAACUGUUCCACCUGGAUUGAAUAAUCAUUUCACCAUAGAACGAGAAGGUCCUGAUAAUACAGGAUUUUAUAGAGCUGUUAUUAAACUUAUUAAACCUUUAUGGGUUGACAAAACACCCAAAGUUCAACUUAUCGUACAGUGCUAUCGAAAAAUUGCUAAUGCUGGAACUAAUUUCAACAAAGUUGGGGCCACAGAAGUAUCAAGCAACGCCCUGUAUGCUGAAGCUACCAUAUACAUUGACGUAGAAAGACAUUAUAUAUUAGAAAGUGUUCCAUUGAAAGGAAGAAAAAGUUCGGCGAAUACAAUUUCUCAAUUAAAUAUCUUUUCCUUGCUUCUUUUAACUGUUUUGACUUUGUUAUUUGUGUAAUGUGUGUCAGUAAUGAUUUUUUUAAACUAUAUAUAAAUAUUGGUUUCCGCAUUAACAUACGAUAUAUAUUUCAUCCUUGAUCUCAUAUUAGAACUGUGCGUGUCUUUCUUCUAUUGUCAAAUUUACUUAUUAUUGUCUAAAUAAUAAAUCAUGGCUUAUCAAAUUAUAUAAUCCUUUAUGAAUGAGUCUAUAUUGUAUAUAGUUAGGAUAUAACGUGUGUUAAAAGGGGAGAAACGAAAAGUGAAACUAUAGACUAUCUGAUAUUAAUUAAUAGGGUUAAUUAUGAUAUUAAUGUAGACGACCAUCCCUUGUAUUGUUAAAGUAAUUUCUAUAUUUUGCGAAUUCAACUAGUUCUUUUUAAGGUUUAUUCAUGCGUGACCGUUGAGUUGGCGGGGUUUUUUUCCUCAAAAAUCACAAAAAUGGGAAUGCAACUACAAUGCAUCCCUCUUUUGUUAUUGAUUAAAUUCAUGUCUAUAUUUUGAAUCUAAAGAUUUUUAACUCAAGUAGCACGUGGAUAUUAAUUGAAAUGAUCCACAAGAAGGUGAACCAUUGUCUUUCUAAACGCCUUACGUACAUAAUAUGUGUACUUUAUCUUGUUCCUAUACAUUUUUUCAUUGUCUUUUAUAUAUAAAGUACGUAUAUUUUGUGUUUUAUUAUGUUCGUGUUCUUAGCUGAAGAAUAUUAUUUAACUUAUUUUAAUUUCUAUUAUUAAAAACGGAUGUAAUAUUUUCCUGUUAUGUAAAGUAUAUUUUUAAAAGUAUAUGAGCGUGGUAGGUUAUUAUGUAAUAUUAAAAUGUAUAGAUAAACAGCAAAGUUUAUAAUUUUUGUUAUGGUGUUAAUGCAAAACAUAUUGAUGGAAAUGGAAAUCUUUAAUUUGGGACUUUAGUAGUGUAUGUCAUUAACUAUUGCAAUAUUUAUGGAAAUAAAAUACUGUACUUAAAUACAA